AUGCAGAGAAUGCAGCUUUCGCGUGAAGACUUUGACAAUCCAGAGGUCGCUGGGGCGGUGAACCCCCACCCGACUACGGUUACUUCCACGGUCCCAUCCCGAACCCAAACCCCACUUGGCGCCCACACCCGGACCCCCGCACACCUAUGCCCCAACUCCUGGUUCAAGACUGUCAGAUGCGACAUCGCAGUCAAUGGCAACCAAAUGUGUGGCCAGCCCCUUCGCCGCCACAUCCGGAACGCCCAUCCCGGUGCCACUCUUAAUCCCUUCCGCACCAACAUUCCCCAGGCUGAGCGCAUUGCGGGUGAAAACGCUUUAAAGCGAUGGAUCCUUAGCAGAGGAUGGAGAACUGCCCGUUACGUGAAGGAGCCUGGUGAGGGUCCUAUGUACGCCAGGAAGAUGACGACUUUGCUUAGCAGUUUGGGACUGAGUUCCAUCGUCCUAGGCUGGCGCAAAUCUCCCCACUACCCUCUGAGCCACCUACCCCACCGUCUGCCCCAAGCGCAAGCGUGCUCCACCGAAGAAGGGUCACAAGGCCGGAAGCAGCCGGCGCGCGCCAAGAAGGAUGCUGCCGAGUCGGUGCCGGAGACUGCGUAG